AUAAGCUCCCGGAGUCUGGAGCAUCUCGCGGCCUCAUUUGAGCAGGAGCCUGGGAAGGGAGGACUCCGGUCUGCUUCUUUCCUGAGGUCCCCAGAGCUGUCACAGGACGCUUCAGCCUUCACAAAGCCGCCCUUUGCAGUGGUAGUGUGAAGUCCCCGGGGAAGCUGGCCCACUUGAACGCGCCCGAGGAAGGUGCCUCUCCGAAGCCAUGGCGCUCCCCUUUCAAAAGGAGCUGGAGAAAUACAAGAACAUCGAUGAGGACGAGCUUCUUGGCAAGCUCUCAGAAGAGGAACUGAAACAGUUGGAAAAUGUUCUAGAUGACCUAGAUCCCGAGAGCGCAAUGCUACCGGCUGGGUUCCGACAGAAAGACCAGACCCAGAAAGCCGCCACUGGCCCAUUUGACCGAGAGCACCUCCUCAUGUACCUGGAAAAGGAGGCUUUGGAACAGAAAGACAGGGAGGACUUUGUGCCCUUCACAGGAGAAAAGAAAGGGAGAGUGUUUAUCCCCAAAGAAAAGCCAGUAGAAGCUCCUAAAGAGGAGAAAGUGACUCUGGACCCAGAACUGGAGGAAGCCUUGGCCAGCGCCUCCGACUCUGACCUCUAUGAUCUUGCAGCUGUCCUUGGAGUCCACAAUUUGCUCAACAAUCCGAAGUUUGAUGAAGAAACGACCAAUGGCAAAGGUCACAAGGGGCCUAUAAGGAAUGUUGUCAAGGGUGAAAAAGCCAAACCAGUAUUUGAGGAGCCCCCGAACCCCACAAAUGUGGAAGCAAGUCUGCAGCAGAUGAAGGCCAAUGACCCCAGCUUGCAAGAGGUCAACCUCAACAACAUCAAGAACAUUCCAAUUCCAACCCUGAAGGAAUUUGCAAAGGCCCUGGAGACCAACACCCAUGUGAAGAAGUUCAGCCUGGCUGCAACCCGCAGCAAUGACCCUGUGGCCCUUGCUUUUGCAGACAUGCUGAAAGUCAACAAGACCUUGAAAAGUCUAAACAUAGAAUCCAAUUUUGUCACUGGAACUGGAAUCCUGGCCCUGGUGGAAGCCCUGCGAGAGAAUGACACCUUGACAGAGAUCAAGAUUGACAACCAGAGGCAGCAGCUGGGGACAGCGGUGGAGAUGGAGAUAGCCCAGAUGCUGGAGGAGAACUCAAGGAUCCUCAAGUUCGGGUACCAGUUUACCAAGCAAGGGCCACGGACAAGAGUGGCAGCUGCCAUCACAAAAAAUAAUGACCUGGUUCGCAAGAAGAGAGUUGAAGGAGACCGGAGGUAAACCUCCACUAACAGAAGUGAAGUCGCACCACGCAGCCAUCUGAAAAAACGGGCACAAACUCAUCCUCCACGGGACCAUCUCAUCUAAGGCUGUUCGUUUCCGUUAACCGUGUGCGUCAUAAUUUUAACUGUUGCUCUUUUUUAGCACUACUUAUUUAGGUGAGGUUCUGAAAUGUGUGUAGCAGUUUGACUUGCUCCUGGACACGCCUGGUGGCUUACGCCGAUAGGAUGAUACAGAUGUUAGAUGUCGACAGCGCUGGAGAUGAUUUUAACCACUUUCAUAUUGGGUUGGCUUGCUUUCCUCCAUGAACGUGUUUUCAGUCAUGGAAAGGGACUUAGCGUGUAUGUGUGUGUGUAUAGCCGAUUACAGUAGAGGCCUACCUCUGUUUACAUGCAUCACUUUGAGCUAGGCUGAGUACAUGAGAAGUGGGCUGCUGACCACAUAAGAAGUUAGUAUUUGCCAAUCUUCCACAAAUUCUCCGUUAAUUCCAGGAACAUGUCUCUAUGUGUGCAUGCCCAGCUGAUUCAUGGUCGGUGGGAUCCUUCCUAGAAAGCACUUUAAUACAGCAUUAGCAAAUUAACUGUUUAUUAUCCUAUGGGUAUAUCGAUAAUUCACACACUUAUCUUUACUGACUAUUAAACAUGAAUUAAACAUAUUUGUGUAGGUGUGUGGUAUUGGGGAUUGAACCCAGGGCCUUGUGCAUGCUAGGCAAGCACUCUACCCCUGAGCUACAUCUCCAACCCAAAUUAUAUUUAAUAGACAAUUAUUAAUAAAGCCAUUGAAAGCCUUUCCAGGUAUAAUAGAAAAAUUUUAAAUUUCACCAAAAGAAAAUUUCAAAAUAUUACAUUCCCAAAUAAAACAAUAACAGUGACAUAUAAUGGGCUAGAGAGAUGGCUCAGCAGUUAAGAGUGCUUGCUACUUUUCUAGAGGACCAGAGUUCAGUUCCCAGCCCCGAUGUCAAGCAGCCAACAAUGGCCUAUAACUCCAUCUUCGGGGGAAACUGAUGCCUCCAGCCUCUGAGGGCAUCCACACACACAUGUACAUACCCCCCAUACAUGUACACUUGAUUAAAAAUAAGUUUAAAAGAUAAUGGCACCUUAAUCAAAGUUUCUGAUACAUAAGAUUGAGUGAAUUUGACAAAAUUUAAAAGCAAUUAAUGCCUCGUCUUGAGCAUGACAGGUUCACAGGAUAAAUUGUGGGUAUUGUAGUUAAUUACAUAGAUUUUUUUUUUUUUUUGUCAUAGGCAAUUGCUUCUCUGCCUUUUGGCUAAAUCAAGUGCCACUUUUUAAUCACAUGGUCAAUCCAGACAUUUGGAAACGUUAGGUAAAAAUGCAUUGUCAGUUACUCAGAUGUUUGUCACCUCAAAGACAAAGCCGGUAGAAAACACAACCGAAAUGAUGGCAUUGAUUUCUUAGUAUAACCGUUGGACAGUGCAGUGCGAAAUUAAGGUGACAAAUGACAGAAGGCUUUGGCCGCAAAUCACCACUCCUCUCUCCUGUCAUUGAUGACAGCCUGUGACAGCCCAUGUCAGGUAGCUAAGGCUAGCUCCUCUUCUCACCGCUGCGACUGAAUAGCUGGCCAAAGGAACAGAAGGGAGAAAGCGUUUGUUUUGGUUCACAUGCCACAGCCAUGGCAGCUGGAGCACAGGUCACAUUGCAUUCGCAGACAGAAGGCAGAGAGAAAUGAAUGCUGGGACUCCACCCACUCUCUCUUUUGUCCCCAGUCUGAGACCCCAGCCUGUGGGAUGGCACUACCCACAUUCAGGGUGAGUCCUCCCUCCUUGGUUAGACUUCUCUGGGAACACUUUAUGUGGUUCCACAUCCCAUCAGGCUGACAACGAGGAUAACUCACAGUGUUUCCCUCUGGUUUCCCUUCUCUUUAGGACUCGGAGUCUUACAGAGGUGAGACUCUUGUACUGUUGGCGGAGCAGAAGCUGCCAUCCCUGGCAGAUCUUGGGUCUAGGCCUGUAUAGUUUUAGUAACUGUGAGUUCCUGAGUUGCUUGGUAGCAGGAAGACAAGUUGAUGGGUGAAUAACUUAGCUUGAAAAGCACUUGGAAUCUGUUUAGAGGGGCCUUUAAAAAACUGGACACUUGGAGGGAGAAACUGGAUGCUGACUAGUUCUAUAAAUACCCAUAGCUGAAAGCAAAGUCCUCUGAAACAUCUCAUUUUCUUGACUCAGUUUUACUUUUUUUUUUUUUCAGGACACAAUAAGGAGGGUAUUCUGACAUUUUUUUUUUUUUGAGUCAUCCCCAAUCCUUUAUCUUCCUGUCAAUCUGAAAAUGUAUUAGUACAUUCCAUUUGAUGGUUUUCAGUCUGAUUUUUCUUUCCUUCUCCCCCAUUUGGAUGUGUUAUAUUGGAGUCAGUUUGUACAGGUUUGCUGGGUGUUCGGCUUUCAAGAAUUCUGUGAAUGAUUGUUCAACAUAGCACUACUAAAAAUUAAGGGAAGCCAGGUGUGUUGGCACACACCAGUGAUCCUCGCACUUGGAAUGGAGGCAAGAUCAGUGUUGGCUACAUAGGAAGUUUGAAGCAAGCCUGCUACAUUAGACCCCCAACCAAGACAUAUUAAGUGGCAUGCACUUACAGUUAAAUCAAUUAUGAUAAAGACUAAACUGUGUUCUUGAGAUUAUUUAUGUACAUUGUGCCUGCAUGGUGUAAAUACUACCUGUGGUGUGCUGUGGCACGGUUCUUCCCAGCUCUCAGCACUAACUUCUUGGCUGUGGUGAGAAGAGUCUUUGGAAAUUAUCAGUGUGUAAGAAACUGUCUCCUUUCUUUCCUCUAGAUUGUUGGCAGAUAAGCAGUUCUACCUUGGUGAAGUGUGUACGGUGUGUUUGAAUCAUAAUUUUCGGUCACCAUGUUGCCAAAGGGAGGAUGCUGUGUCUUUCCUCCAUCCUGGUCACAGACCUCUUUAAAAGCAGAGUCCCUAGCAAACCUCUACAAGAAAUCCUUUUCCUUUCCUCAUUCCUUCUCUUUCCUUCAUCUCUUGAGAAGCCCCGCCCCUGCAGAGUGUUGUCUGCAGCCCCACGUUUUAGAGAAUGGGUUGCAGCUGUUAGCACACCUUGGCAAAACAAGAAAAAAAAUACAAGAUUUGGAUCACAGCUAUUCCUUUUUAUAAGGAGUUAUUAAUACUAUUAAAGCAAGAUAGGAGAACAUUAUUUUUAAAAUCAUGCUGCUGUUAGCUUAUAAGAUGAGUGUAUGAGAUUAUUUGUUACUAAUCAGCUGUUUUAUUAUUAUGGAUUUUUAAGUGGCUUAUAAAAUGACAUUUCCAUAAGUAUUUACAUAUUGAAAAUAACUACUAGAAGAUCAAACAUACAUUUUGGGAGAACUCUAUCAAGUCAUCUAAUUAGUCUAAGACUUCACCUCCCUUCUGCCCAAAGUGGACAAUUAAUUUCAUCAUGAUGAGACAUAAUAUGUGUAAAUUAUUUUUAUAUGUAUAUAUUUUGCUAGCUAGUGUGCGGAGUGUUUGCUAAUGCCUGAAUAGCUGUUUAGAGGGAGCUCAUGUUUCCCUCAGCUGUUCCCUUCCCCUUUACAGUUGUACAGGCCCAUAGUAAAUGAAAACUCGCUCCCCUAGACUUGAAGGUUCCUGUCCCUGAUGUCUUGUCAUGGCACAUGUAGAUAGAUGGCUUUCAGGAGAUGCACUUCUCAAGUCUAGAAAUAGUGACUAGUCUAGUAGUACACGUGCAUCUCUCUGUCUGCCUCAUGUGCGUGCGCAGCUUAAAGCUCCUUCGUCCUUUUCAGCAUGAUCAAAACCCUUGCUUUCAUCUUUGAGAGAAAUCAGUUUCCCUCCCUCCCUCCCGCACCCCGCCGUGUGUGUGUGUGUGUGUGUGUGUGUGUGUGUGUGUGUGUGUGUAUGUGUAAUGUGUAUGUAUGUGUGUUGUCAGAUAUCUAACUAGGUAUUUGGCUACAUCUGGACAACAGAUUGAAGGGAGGCUCUCUCCCCAGCUCCACUUCCCUUCCCCUUUUAGAACUGCUGCAGACCCAGGUUCCAUGGGAAAUUACUCUGGGGUCUGUGGAGGAUGACUCUUAGAAAAUUCACUGGAUUAUUACCCCAUGAGAUCUUCCUAUAUGCCUAAAGUCUGUAUCAUUUCAUACUCAUGAACAUCAAUUAGCCCCAUCCUUCCAUCUCUGUAGGACACACUGUAUAUAAAUAUUUUGUACAUAAGGAUCACCAAAUACUGUAGUGAGGUGUUUGGCUACAUGUAGACCGUGGAUUGACGGCACCAUGCUUCCCUUGCCCCUCUCAGGGUUGUUGUGGGCCCAGGUUAGAGAAUCACGUGCCUGGAGGGGCGGGUGUAGCUCACCCAUUUUCAGCACACAGCUCAUCUUCCAGUAGAAGCCCAUCUCCAUGUUAAAGCUCAGAAACUUUCACAGUGCCUGUACCCCUGGAGCCAGUUUUCCUAAAGGAAGACUGGAAUACCAGACCAUGAACAGCUGCUUCUCUUCCACACAUAGAUGUGGCCCCUUGUGGGCACCAACGCUGUGGAAGCCACUGCCUUCAGAAUAACUGCCACAAGACUUUCCUGAUGCACAAAGCUUAGACCUGGCGUGGAAACAUCAGCGUGCUCAGACAGCCCUGCAGAGUUGAUAAAAGUGUUUGAACGUACUUCCUUUUUCAUGGCUGAGACUUACUCUGCCCUCUCCUAAAUACCGUGCAAGAGACAGGAAGCAUAAGAAUUCUGGACUGAGUUUAUGCAUGUUUUAGUGUUGGAAUGAUAGACCGAUUGCCUUUUUGAAAAGUAGAUAUCGCCAGGCUGUGGUGGCACACGCUUUUAAUCCCAGCACUCGGCAGGCAGAGUCAGGCAGAUCUUUGUGAGUUCGAGGCCAGCCUGGUCUACAGAGCGAGAUCCAGGAAAGGCACAAAGCUACACAGAAAAACCCUGUCUUGAAAAAUCAAAAAAGAAAAAAAAAAAAAGAAAAGUAGAUAUUGAGUUUGCUUCCCAUACCCCUGCUACUUACUCCAUUCUCAAUUCAAACACUGAGACACACAUAUAGGAAAGGUACAAAAACUUUCUAACAUCAGGCUGAUCCCACUAGGUAAACCACAGAGCAGCCUUUUGGAACUAACUGACCGGGGAAAAGUAUCCAGAACCUCAGUGUUCACUGUUUCCUUAUUCCCCAAUUCUACAUCUGACUAUACUUUAUACUCUGGUUCAAGAUCCUUACCAAGGAAAGGGCCAGGGAUUUAAUAUUUAAAUUAAUUUAAUGGCAGAACUCGGUUCUGCUCACUCUUCUUAAUCUCUCUCCCAUCAGCUUAACAGCAAUGACCAAACAAUCAAUAGAUAGAUGAGCAAUGGGUUACAAAUUUUAAGUCUGUGUCCUGGGUACUAUUCUAGAAAUGGCACAUGAGUCAGAGGUUAAACCUAUUUCAGACAUUGUUGCCUUGGAGAGGGUGAAGGAGAGGGUAGAAAAGAGCAACCUACUAACCAGGCUUGGUUAGCUGUGUCUUGUGGCAGUCAUUUGGAGCACGUUGGCUCAGCUAGUUGGUAUGGUGAAUGGGUACCAUACUAACAGAUUUGGAGGCUAAAUCCCAAUCCCGUUACCCACACUUAGCAGGUGUAUGAUCAUGGGCAAUUCAUCUAAUUGCCUGCCAAUUAUAGAUUAUAUGGGGGACGAGCACCAGAAAUGGAGUCAAGUGACCUGAACACUUGACUCUGCUCUUUCUUAGCUGGGUGACUUUAGGGGAAACCACUUGAUCUCUCAAGCCUAAAGCUCCCCAGCCAUUAAAUGGGAAUAAUAUCUUUACUAACUACCUCACAGAGUUGUAGUGAGAAAAUAGAAUCAGAUCAUCUGAUGAAAACACCAUAGAAACUAGAAAACACUGUACAAAAGUAGAUCACUUUUUUUUUAAAUCAAUUCACUAAUAUUUCCCACUGCCUCUGAGUCUGUUUCAUUCUGACCAAUGAUUCAUCUUUUGAAGUAGGGCAAAUUGGACCAUGGAAUGAUGGAAUUGGAAUGAAGUAAGGGACUAGAAUUGUUUUACUUCAAACAUAAAGGUGAGAGGUGAUUGGUGGUGGCAGUGGGUAUUAUAGUUCAGUGAUACAAAUGAUAGAUCACUUUGCUGGGUCACGUUGAAAGUACUUUGGAAAGGGCUGGGAAGUAACUCAGUAAGGUGGUGUGCUGGCCUUGUGUUCACAAAGAUCCAAUCCCCAGCACCGCAUUAGCUGAGCAGGGUGGCACAAAUCUUCAAUCCCAGCAAUCAAAAGGUGGAGGCAGGAAGAUCAGAAGCUCAAAUUCAUCCUUGGCUACACAGUGAAUUUGAUUGAGACCAGCCUGGGCUACAUGAGAUCCUGUCUCAAAAAAUAAAAAGCCCCGAAGAAGUGGUCCCAGUCCUUGGAAAUGCUGGGUCCAAGAGGGGAGCUCAAACAAUGACUAAGAAUUUAUGCAAGAGAGUGCUGUGGCCUUCCUGACAUUACUAAAGGCGACGGAGGCUAGGUAGGACUCAAGGUAUUGCUGGCCACCUUGGAGAGCAUCUCCUUAGGGCUCCAAGAGUUUUUUUUAUGCCCGGCAUCUGUGUACCAGGUGCCAGCUCCAUGACACUGAAAGGGAGCAAGCUCUCUGGAGCAGCAGCUACCUAUCACCAGCAGCUCAGCCCUGGCCAGCUAUUUCUGCCAAGAAAAGCAAUGUAGUAUGACCUCACCGGGAUGGUGUCUCAUCGGUCCUUGUAUCUUUGGUACCAUCUAAUAAGGUGCCUUGUACAUAGUAGGUGCUUUAUAAAUGUUGCUUGUGCAUCACUGUCCUCCAGCCCUACAAGAAUUAUAUUCUGUUUACAACCAUGUGAUAUAUAUAUAUAUAUAUAUAUAUAUAUAUAUAUAUAUAUAUACACAAUAUAUGUAUAUAUUCAUAAUGAUUUGGAUGCCAGCUGUAUGUGACCUUGGGUAAGAUUUUCCAUCUGUCUUAUCUUCAUUUCACCUAUAAAACAGUGUGCUCUCUAAAGUCCCUUCUAGAUCCCAGACAUUACAACCCUGUGAUUCUGAACAUGGGUGGGUAAUAUACCCACUGCGGCUCCAGCUCUCUCCAGGAAUGUUCUGCAGACAGUUGCUCAUUCCUUUUCAACAGUGUUUAAACAUUUCAGAAUAGUCCUGGAAAAGCAGCCUUGUCAGGAAGGCUACUUCCGGGCUGGGAAGGUAGCUCAGAGGUAGAGCAUUUCCUGGCAUGUGGUUCAAUCCUUAGCACUUAAAAAUAAAUUAAAAAAAAAAAAAAAACUUGAAAGGUUUGGGGAUGCUUCCUUCAAAAACAGAAAGAAUAUCUUUAUAUCUAUAUAUAAUAUUUUCCUCCUCUGAAUCAGAGAGAAAGGAGGGGAGGAGAUGCAAAGAAAGACACUGACCAGUAUGUUUUUAAUAGACUUUUAUUUAAUAUCUGUGUAUUUGCAUUUCCAAGCACAUGUUGAUUGCACACCCACCAAGAGACAAUCAAAAGUGCACUGUGUGUUGAAAGACACUGGCCCAGGAUUUUAAACUUCUGUGGACACCAUCUAGGUGUGGGUAGACAGAAAUUUGCCAAAUGGAGAAAGGAGAUGGAUAGAAAGUACACUUCCUGAGUAAUUUUACGUUAGUACCAAAUGUUAGCCAUGACAAUCUUUAUUUAAAUUAUUCUAAGCCAGGCAUGGUAGUGUACAUCUGUAAUCCCAGCAGUUGGGAGGUGGAGGCAGGAGGAUCAGAAGAUCAAGGUCAUCCUCAGCAACAUAGUAAGAAGUUCAAGACCAGCCUGACACGUGAGACUUUGUCUUAAAUUUUAAAUAAAUAGAUAAAUGGAAUAAAGUAAUUUGUAUCUCUGCUUUCUUUUAAGAGCAAAAGUAUGUACAUGAAAAAGCAUAUUUAUAUUUUAAGUAAGCCUUUAUCUGUUUUAUGGUUUUUUGUUUUUUUGUUUUUGUUUGAUUUUUUUUUUCAGAAAACAAGCAGCAUUUUUCAUCUCACAUAAAAAUGUAAAAUACUUGCAUGCCACCAGUCAUAAUGACUUCCUGGUUCUAUGCCUGUCAAGUGUGACCUUAUGUGUACUGUUACCUGUAUCGUGUUGAGACUAGGGGACAUAAUACGCUUGUAAACUUGUAAAUGUUAUUGGUAACACUUGUUUAGCUAAGCAGAUUCUGAAAAGCCACGUGGCUUUAUUUUUCAUUUGAUAUUUUUUGAUCAAAGCUAGAUGGCUGGUUCAUUCACUAGGAAACUAAAGACUAACUUGCUUUUUAAAUGUGAAGUUAAACAUCUUGGGAAAUAAGGAAAAUGUAUGAAUUUUAAACUAAUUUUAUCCUCAUAAUUAGGAACCCCAUUGGCCCAGAAAAGUGGAAUUUGGGGCCCUUGGGAAUUAGCCACCGAGAGCUAAUGUUGAACUAAAGAUAAACUUUCAGUCAGUCAAGAUCUUUGUGCUUUCGAAGAUGUCAUGUCUUUAUUUGUGUCUGGAAUGAUAGUUGUAAAUGAACAUGUAAAAAAAAUAAGAGGGGGGGUCAAUAAACUUAACUCUAAAUGUAAA